GUGCAGUUUGAGGUAAGAGUCCAGUUUGCCACGUUCUGAAGGAGAUGCAAGUUUGGUUGAAGUCACCGUAACGCCAGAAACCAAGACUAAACAGGUACUUGUUUUGUCCGAUCUGGCCGUACUGUUUUCACAUACCAGUUCUUGGAACUGCUGUUUCUUAGUAUCGUGCCCAUCGCAUGACUUUUGGGAUCCAAGGAAGAUAACUUCAAGGGCUUAAAUACAGAAGCUUAUUUCUAAUUCUAGUGCUUAAUGCCUGGCUGAAAUAACUGGUGUGAAAGCUCUGCAAGAUAGACCUUCUGUCUAAGGUGACUGGAUGGGUCUCACUGAGCAUGUAAAUCUUGAAAUAUUUGAGAUGUGUAUGUUUAAAGGCAUUGGCCAUGUGUUCCUCACUAUGCCUGCUAUAAAUGAUGAAGCAAUGAUUUGCAGCGUUGAAGUUACUCCAGUUCACGUCAGCGUAGCUGAGAGUAGAACAUGGCAAGGGCUCCUACUGAAACCCUCAUCAGAAGGGAAUGGUAAAGUCUCAUGCCUUAAGUCAGCAGACAUCCAACAAGACAUGCUGCAGGCGUGGGAUUUCUGGACGUGCUUCAAGAAGGGAAUGAUCCAAACAGUUGCUGAGUCCUUCAGUCUGGAGGAGGGGAACCCGUCCAGCCUGGAGGAAGUCAAGGAGGAAUAUGUCAAGAGGUACUUCAGCAAUCACAGCACUGCAUCACCCUCAGGAGCUGUGAGUGAGAGUGACUCCACCAUCUGGUAUUUGAUACAAGAAUGUGAAAAACAAACAAUGGAAGAGGAUGGGAAGCCAGUAUUUACCCAGUACGCAGGCGCUUCAUCCCCAGAUCUGGUGGAAUUUGAACGGUACCUGUAUGUUUAUAAGCACACCGUAGACCUGCUGAUAGAGCAUGGAGUUGUUUGCACUAAGGAAGCACCUCUUCCUGUGGUCUCCAUGGCUAUUUCACACCUCUGGCAAGAACUUUCUGAAGAAAGGAGAGACAGCAUCUUGCAAUACUGUAGCCAGAGAGAUUUCCUCCUGGAUCCGAAGGCUGCUUGCCAGGAACCUGCAUGCACUGAUGGUGACGUGAGGGACAGCCAAGGUAACAGUGAGGAAGCCAGUGGUUCCUCAGUCUCCACACCAGAGGAAGUAAUGUUUGAAGACGCAUUUGAUGUUGCUGCCGGUUUCCUUGACACCAAUGAGACUCAGGGAAUGUCUAGCCAGAGGUCUAUGAGGACCAUAAGGCAUUCCCUGGAUAAGUCAGCUAAUCAUGAACUGUACUCUCACUUAAUGAGACAAAAAUAAUAUUUUUUUUAAUAAUGUCUCCCUUAACCUUUUUCAAGUACUCUAAUCUCUUCAGAAGGAGGUGAUCAAGCUGAAGUGUGGUUGACCUGAGCAGUAACAUCAAAGAAACACAAGACCUAUUAAAUAAUAAUAGGUCUUUCCUCUGCAGGUCAGAUCAUAGUUAGCUAGGAAAGAACAUGUCAGAUACAAAACUAGCAUUGCCUUUGAUUUUCCCAUUAGACCAAAGAAAGAAAAUGGUUUCUUUCCUCAGGAGGAAAAUCACAUUACAACUCCUCUCUUAUGUAUUCUUGCUGCUUAGUCUCAGCUUUUUUUUCUCUUUCCAAGUAGUGUUUCAAUCCCUUUUUUGACCCAGUUUUUACUUAUUUUUCCAUAUUUAGAAAUGCACACAUCUCUAGCAUGCAUCCUCACAAUUUCUCCCCAAUUCCUUUUUUGCACUUCCAGAACAGAAUGAAUGGAAAUAACAUUGUUCAGACUGUUGAUCAGAAUACUCUUGAAUGCAUCGUACGACUUUAACAAAACAUGUAUCCACUAAAUAACAUUGAUUAGAUCACAAUUGCUGUUUGCUUUUGAAAAAAGAAAAAGCAUUUGUUAAUACUGCAAUGUAUUACCAUCAUCUUUGCAGUCUUGUUUUAGCCCCAAACUAGAUUAGUAUUUCAGUAGACAACACUUACCCUGUUCCCUUCUUUUUCCUAUCACCCUGUGCUUUUUAAUUCAGGACAAAGGUGUGGUGGCAGAACUUUGUAAGAUCCCAGGGAGAAUAUGGAGGUGAUGUGCUCAGAGUGAUGAUCUGAGCUUGUUACCAAAGUUACCCAUUACCAAACCUGCCAGUGACAGCUAAUGUGUCAUUUCAUGACCACAGUUUUAUUGUGUUCUCUCAAAGACUUUAUAAAAGAAGUCAGUGCUGUUCCUUUGAACAAGCCUACAAAAUACACUACCAAAUAGCCAUGGUUGCUCUCUGUUACAAAGGCUGUAUACUUUCCCUAAAACAGUUAUCACAGCUGUAAUGUAUCAGUGCAUCUCUUUGUUGUGACAGUGGCUUCUUGUACUGCAGUUCUCUGUUCUUACAUAUCUUCCUCUCAUUUGUUAGACAAUAUCUCCUCACUACAUACACCCCCACUCCUCCCUAUCUUUUAUACCCAUUGUCUUUAUUAUCAGGUUUGUCUUGAAAACAAUUUAAGCCUUAUUUAAUUUAAAAGUAAAAUAUGGAGGAGGGAAAGUAAGUAGGAGGAGAAAAGAGGUAAUGAGACCUUAAACAUAACUUUGGGUUCCAUUUUCAGUUCAGCAUUUGCAAGCUACACUUCUGAAAAUCCAGAGGAUGACCACAGACUCUAUCUGCAGAUCACUGAGUUCCUAAAAAGCCUUUUCUUUGCUAAUGCACAGUUUUGCCAGGUAAGCUUUGCCAAAGGGUUCCUUAGAAAAGGAGCAGUGUAUUUCUGUCACUGUCAGGAAGGAAUUUCUGUUUUCCAUGCUUCAGAUCAUAUUGUCCAGAAUUUUUAAAUCAAAAGCCUGGGGUUUAUCACUUCAGAUGUGUCAUUCCAAAGGUCACUGGGAUUGCCUCUGUAAGACACAAGGUUUGAGGUGUCAUUAUUACUUAAAAUCUUACUAAAAAUCCCAAAUGACAUGAGGUUUUUUUUAUUGUUUUAUUAAGUAAAGUUCCAUGUUGAAAAGCUUGACUGAUCUCAUGUAAGCAGGUAAAGCUGUGCCGACUCUCUCCAUAACUCAAAGCCUCUUGAUUCUGAACUCAACAGGGACUACCUUGUGCUUUGUCUUGGUGCCAGGUUCCCUACCCUUCAGCCCCUGUCUGGCAGGCCUUAAGAGCAGGGUAAUUAUGCUCUUAAAAGAGUACAGCUCUUAAAAGAGAGCAGCUGCUGUGCUGUGCCUUACCCUCAGCCUGUUGUUGCAGGUUCACUGAGCCAGAAAUCUUUGUAUUUGCAGUGUUCUUCCUCCUGUUCUUGUCCUCCUGCCAAGGAGGUAUCUGAGAUCUCACACAUGGAUAGAGGACCAAAAGGGAGAGAUCCCUCAGCAAGAACAUGCUUGCUUGGGCUCAGAGUCAGUUGUGUCUCUACAAUCGCCACUGUUCUAUCUUAUUUUUUGCUAUCAUCUGGCUUUCACCUGCUCUCUGCUACAUGAGCAGAUGUUCCUAUGAAGAAAACAGAAUGUUUGUGAUGAAGGGUAAUUGAACGCCCCCC